AUGGAGACUGUCAAUGUUCCUGAAUUGGUCGAGCGCCUUGGGAGUGACGAAGAUGCUGUUCGCAAAAUGGCCGUCUUUAAGCUCCAGGGCAAUAUCGGGGAUCCAUCAUUCGCUGAUUUAUUUAUCAUUGAGGGCGGAUUAACGCGUCUACGCUACUUGACUUUACAUGCGAGUGGGAAUACAUUGGCUUAUAGUCUCACCAGUUUUGCAAGACUACUAGAGGUUGACAAAGGAUGGGAAUGUGUUGAUCAGGAACUUGUUGAACGGAUUGUCGAAUUGAUUGUCACCCAUCCUCUAGUCAACAUCCUCCGAGGCGCCAUGUCAAUACUCGUAUCGGUGGUCUCCCAUCCACACGCCGGAGGCGACCCAUCACAAGCGGAGGUUUUUGGCUUCCGUGCCCUCAAACCAGCGAUCGCUAUUUAUCCUCAGUUUUUGGAGAUGCUUGUCAGUCGGCUUUCUUCGGCGGACCAUGCUCUUUGCGCCAAUGCGCUCCAAUUGAUAAAUUCCCUUAUGCGCGAUUCCGUUACCUACGAUUCCGAGGCGGAAUGGCCGAAAUUCAUUCAGAAACUGCAGGACUUGGGUGUGAUUCGAGCUGUCUAUGUCCUGAUGCAAGACUCGGCUCUCCAGGAUCUUGCACCCCCGCUCAUCGAAUUCCAAUCCCUCACCAAAGUCCUUCUCCGGAAGUGGAGAGAUAUUCCCUUGCAGCAGGAAAAGCCCGAACACCGUCGCGCCCUAAAGGGUAUCUACCUCGCUAGUACCUCUGCAAAGGCACCAGAAGAAUCGACAGAAAACGGCGACGAGACCCGGCGCUCGAAAAAACACCAUCCGGAAAAAUGGCGACGACUAGGGUUUGAGUCUGAAAGCCCUGCGACGGAGUUCUAUGAGAUGGGCUUCUUGGGCAUGAUGGACCUGGCAGACUAUGUGCGCAGCCAUCAGGAUGAAUUUCAGAAAAUGCUCCUUGAGCAGUCCACGAAGCCCUCACGCCAACGCUGCCCGAUCGCGCGAGCAUCUCUCGCAAUCACGUCCAUCCUAUAUGAGCAUUUUGAGGUAGACAAGUCCGAGAUGGACGAUUCCAAGAAUUAUAUGCUCAUGGAAUCACGGUCCAGCUUGGACAAGCUUUUCAAACCUCUUCUUCUCCACUGGACGCGGUUACACGUCGCAGGGCUGCAGGCCUUUUUCCGCAUGUGGAAAGCAACGGCGGCUGAGACGGAGGAUCUCGAUAAAUUAGUGGAGUUGGUUCGCAUUCUCAUGGAAUCAGUGGUUGGCGGAGCUGGUCGAACCAAAGAUGUCCAAGAUGUCGAAGAGGAACUAGCCAACUUUGAAUAUCAUCGGUUACGGGAACUACAAAUGGAGCUCCUGGAACUCACCUACGAAGAUGCCUGGGGUCAGCAUUUGCGGCAGGUGCGCGAAGAACUUCACCAUGAAGCCCUUCAGUUUGUUAAGGAACAGCGCAUUCGCUGCCUGUCGCAGGGCGCCUGGUUUUCGCUUGAUCCCACUUCCAAGCUCGAUUCCACCUCUACCCGGUCUACAGCCUCAUUUCAAUAUGUUCAGCUGUCGCAUAAUCGCCGGUAUCUGCAUUUUGGAGAGUUUAAUUCUAUGGGAGAUGGAACUCCGGAAUUGGAUGCUUUGCCUGAGAAGAUCGAUCUCUCCAUUGUCUCAUCAGUCGUCUCCAACAUCUCCACUAACCCUGACCACUCUUCCUCGGCCACCGUCAAGACCGCCCCACUUCAAGCUUCAACUAAAAUUACUAUCCAUGGCCAUGCACAGCCUCAAACAGCAACAAGCCAAUCAAAAAGCCAUGGACACGCUCGGACUGGUAGUCGGUCUACACAAAAAGAGACAGUGCUCCUUACGCUCCGGCCAGCAUCUCACAGCGUGGCUUCAGAAUGGUUAGAUGGACUGCUUAUGCUUCUCAGUCAGCAACCGAUCACCGCGGAAACGAACAAGCUGAUCGAUCUGGUCAGCAAUUAUGGGCUUAAGAUCCGCCUUCUUAAUGUUCGAUUUGAUGACGCCACUUUUGCUGGCGAGGCCCCGCCAGUGCCUGCGCGAGAUGGCCUGGAUGAAGAUUACUAUUACGAUGUCUUUGGUGGCGCAUAA